AUUUUUCGCCUCUAGUAAGAAGAAUAGGCUACUGACAUUACUUUGAUUGUGAAUUUUUUAUUUCAGUUUAUCUGUUUCUUGGAUAUUCGUGUAUUUGUGAUCAGUGUCUUUGAUAUAUUUCAAAUGUAUUCGAUAAAUUCAUUCAUUUUUCAGUUAUCAAUGGUCUUCCUUGUCUUCCCUGACAUCUUAUCCAAUGCGAUGUAUAAUGCUACAACCUAUGAACAUGUUUUUUGGCGGUCUAGUGACAAUGGUAUUGGUGUGCUAUCUCACUUGGAGCUCACAAGGAAGAGAAAUGAAAAGAUUCACCAGUCAACAAAGAGAUAUACCUUGCGUUGUUUCAUUCAAUGACACUAGAUCUGGACUGGUAAAAAACGAUUUACCAGUUAUUUAUUUCAUAACUCCGACUUACCCUAGAAGAGAACAAGUGGCUGAACUGACCCGUCUUGGUCAAACAUUAAUGCAUGUGCCAAAUUUGCAUUGGAUUCUUGCUGAUGAUAGCACAACAUGUAAUCCGAUGAUUAUCGAUCUACUUCCAAGGUUUGGUGUUCCAUACACUCAUUUGGCGAGUCCCAUGCCGGAAAUGUACAGACAUGUGAGUAUUGUACCACGAGGUGUGGCAAACAGACGCGCGGCAUUAUCAUGGAUACGCGUCAACAUAAAAAAUGGAGUCAUUUAUUUCGGGGAUGAUGAUAACACGUUCGAUUUGAAACUUUUUGAGGAGAUUCGUGACACACGUAAAGUCUCUAUGUUUCCGGUUGGACUAAUCGGUGAAUAUAGUAUUAGCUCGCCGAUUCUGAAGGAGGGUAAAGUUGUCGGCUUUUUCGAUUCUUGGCCGGCAAAAAGGAUGUUCCCUGUUGAUAUGGCUGGAUUUGCUGUUAAUGUCGAGUUUUUCCUGCAACAUCCAAAUGCUACAAUGCCCUACAAGGCAGGCUACGAAGAAGAUAGAUUCCUGAGAAGUUUGGGAUUAACACUGGAUCAAAUAGAACCCAAAGCUAAUGGAUGUUCAGAGGUGCUUGUAUGGCAUACACAGACUGCUAAAAGGGCGUCACCGGUUCUAAGGAUAGACUCAGUUCUAGAUAACAGCCUGAAAGACUUGUUACAAACAAUGACCUAUUUGGGAAUCGGCUCUAUGAGUGACAGCCAUGGUGUCAAAACUUACGCAACCAAAGAUGGCAAAAGUCAUUUGCUGUGAAUGUAUUCGGCUUCCAAAAAUCAAACGCAUUUUGUAUCCUCAGAGCUAUAAGUAAAGUGUGUAUGUAAUUGUUUGAGGUUAUAUCUCAAUUAAUUAAAAAUUUGAGUGUCAAAGAUAUAAAAUCUCUUUUUCUCCA